AUGCUGUCCGCAAAGUAUCUCGGCGCCGUCGCCGCCCGCUCCGGACCUCGCACAGUCCCGCGCGCUUCGGCGCGAAAGAUUUCGACUGACUCGGGCGGCCCGAUGAAGCCUCUUGGGUCAGGACCGAAGCUGCCGGGGUGGCAAAUAGCCGCCAUUGCGGGCAUCGGAGUCGCUGCCUUUUAUGCCAUGUUCCUUGCGACGCCGGAAAAGGUGGGCAAGUCGUCGGUGCCUACCAACCAGACCAAGAACCCAUCGUCAUCGAGGAGGGACUGA